GUGAAAGUAGAAAUUCACAAGCAUGAAUCCAUAACUGAAUACUUACUUGUAUUUGGUACCGUUCUUUGAGAGGAAACGGCUCAAUGGACCAAGUGAAAAGAGUCUUAGAAAGUUUAUCAAUUGAAGCCAGAGAGCUGUAUAUUGACAAGGAGGUUCCAGUUCUAGACAAGGCUCUGACCCCUCUGGAGUUCUACAGGAAACACGUGGCCUCCAACAAGCCAGUUGUCAUCAAUAAUGCCAUCAAACGGUGGCCUGCCCUUACCAAGUGGAGUAAUCAAUACCUCAGGGACAAGAUUGGCACAAAGGAGGUGACGGUAGCUGUGACUCCAAAUGGCUAUGCAGAUGCAGUCACAGACGGCAAGUUUGUAUUGCCGGAGCAGAGAUCAAUGAGCAUGUCAGCCUUCCUGGACAUCAUGGAGAACCCAGGCUCUGCCAAUGGGAUCUUUUAUGUGCAGAAACAGAACUCGAACCUGACAGAUGAGUUUGUUUCAAUCAUGGGAGAUGUUGAGGAGCUGUCUUGGGGAUCUGAAGCCUUUGAUAAGAAGCCGGAUGCAGUGAACUUUUGGAUGGGAGACCACAGAGCAGUUACAUCAAUGCACAGGGAUCACUAUGAGAACCUGUACUGUGUGGUGAGAGGCUGGAAGAAGUUCACCCUGCUGCCACCUACAGACCUGCCAUAUGUGCCGUAUGAGACAUUUGAUGUAGGAACAUUCAAAGAAGUGGAUGGAAAGUUCAUUGUUGAAGAUAAUGAAGAUAUGGAGAAGGUACCCUGGAUUGCGCUGGAUCCCCUAUCUCCGGACUAUGAUCGGUUCCCAGCCUUUAAAAGUACCUGUCCCAUAGAGGUUACAGUUCAUGCUGGCCAGGUGCUCUAUCUGCCGUCGCUAUGGUUUCAUCAUGUGCAGCAGUCACAUGGAUGUAUUGCAGUGAACUACUGGUAUGACAUGGAGUUUGACAUCAAGUACAACUACUACAAGUGCAUCGAGAGCCUGGUUGACAUCACAAAGUGAAAUGCUGACCGUCCAGAUGAAUUGUUUGCAUGCAGAGUUAAAGGCUCUAAGAAGAAUUUCAAGUGUUCUUCAGUUCACAUUCGGUCGUCUGUGUUAUGAACAAACUGUGCUUCACAAAAAGAAAGCUUCAAGCGUAACACAUUUUAAUUUAUCCCACUGGUAUAUUGGCGCUUAGACAUAAGAAUUGCUUAUGAGCAAAAUGUUUCUCUUCUUAGCUCCAGCUUUGUUCUAUUCUAACUCUUUAAUUAAAUAGCAAAUGGCUACUGGUAAUGAUCACAUAAAAGAAACAUACAACUUGCGCUCUCUGAAAACAGGGCUUAAUAUAUGUGCUUCAAGUGUUGUUGCAGAUAUGCUGGUGCAGUGCUCACAGGCUUAUCAGGUCCAACACCUUCAAACUUUUUUUAAGUGGAAAGUGUCGUCCCCAUUUAAAAUCUGCUGACUACACCAGCUAAUAUGGGACAAAAACUUUUCAAUCGUGCUUUUAGUCCGUUUUACCAGAAAGCGGCUCAUAAAAGCUGUUGUUUGGUCAUCAAGUUACACAAAGUUGACUUUCCAGCGUUCAUAACAUAUUCCUGGUAUCAAUUGUUAAAGUGCUAUGUACAUCUGCAAAUAUUUUAUUGAUGAAUAAAGAUUAUUUAUUGGUUUCA